AUGUCAAAUGAGUCAUCUGAAAUUGCUGCACAAGUAAGAAAAGCAGAUGAAAUUCUUGAUCUCAAUAUGUCAACAUCAUCUCAUUUCAAUAUAUAUGUCAGAGAAGUUCAUGCUAACAGACGAUUCAAACCUCUAAAUGCUACGGGUGUAGAAGAAAACUGA